UCCUGCGCCAUUUUCUAUAGGAUAUAUCCAUCCAUUGUUGUUACGGGUCUUUUUCAUUUUCUUUAUACCUUUUUUGUGUGUAUUUUUUAGGAUACAAAAAGCCAAAGCAGUUUGUUUGUCUCGUUUUAUUUUGAUUCUGCUUUGCAUGGCACUGUCAGUCCUCCCCUGCUUUGCUAGCUAGCUACCUACCUACCUACUUACCUACCUUUACCUCAGUGAAGGUGGUCACUGCUGAUUGUGGAAGCUGAUCAAUCAACAUGGCUUCUCCUUUUGAAGGCUGGGAUGAUCAACAGAUGCUUGACCAGUACUUGUAUGAUUACUUCAUCAAAAGGAAGUUGCAUAAAACUGCUGCAAUUUUCAGGGAACAAGCCAAUGUUGCUGCAAAACCUGUUGAAAUCAACGAUUCAGCCCAAGGGUUUCUGUAUGAUUGGUGGACAAUGUUCUACGAUGUAUAUGUCUAUAGGCAAUGUAGAAAGGGUCAGAAUGUCAAAGGAAAAGCCCCUGUUAAUGAUGAACAAAUGUCACAGAAUGAGAAAAGAAAUGCGUAUCAAAUUGCGCCACAGUUAGCUAUAAAUCAGCUGAGGCAUGGACAAUUCCCUUCUGGUAGUGACUUUGAUAUGAUGUUGCGGCAACCAGGUGCCUCUUUGAUUGCUGCAAGAAUGUUUGAGGAACAGUUUCAUCCUGUUAGAAAUUAUGAUCCACAAUUACAGGCAUUUGAUGUUAAUAAAUUGAAUCUGUCAAAUUCGGCUUCAACGAUCUCAAGCUAUUUGCCGCUGCAAGCUCAACCACUUCUGAGGGACAAUAGAGAUGGCGUCAGUAUUGGCGGAGCUAGUCCUUUAAGAAUUAACCCGUACGGUGCACAAACAGGGAUGGGUGAUGGAUGGCUUUCUCCUAAUCAUCUGCAGACGUUUCCUUUAUUGACGCAGCAAUAUCAAUCAAGUCUACUGGUUCAAGCUUUGUCUCAUACAUCUAAAAACCUGAAAUUUUCUUCUCCUAGUAGCCCUCCUACCAAUUCUCAAGGUCAAAGUCUGAUCCAUCCGAAGAGUGAUUUGAAUAUGAAAGAUGCACAGAUGAGGAUCCAAAUGAAACAAACUCAUGAGAAGCAAAACCAACUUGCUCAGUGUUUAGAGCAGCAGUUGACGGAGAAUGACAGAAAGAGAAAGAGAUUGUCAUAUUCAAGAGCUGAAGACCAAACUUCGGAUUUUGCCAAUGCUGAGGAAGAUAAACCUGCGAAUGAAAAUGUAAUUGAAUCCUUUUUAUCCACUGAUGAUGACCAUGUUGAUGGUAUAGGAACUCCUUUAAGUGCUUUAAAGCGACGUUCUACAGCUUGCAGUGAAAAUGAUCAUAAAGGCUUCACUUUUGAAGAGAUUGGUUGCCUCAGCUCAAGCAAAAGCAAGGUGUUGUGCUGCCAUUUUUCAUCUGAUGGGAAGAUGCUAGCUAGUUCUGGACACGAGAAGAAGGUUUCCAUUUGGAAUAUGGAAGACUUUCAAGCCAGUAAUUCUUCUGAAGAACAUUCUCAUCUAGUUACAGAUGUUCGGUUUAGACCAAGUUCAAGCAUAUUAGCCACUGCUUCAUUUGAUAAAACUGUGCGAAUAUGGGAUGCAGCCAACCCAAGCAUAUCACUGUUCAAGCUACUUGGUCACGCUGAACAAGUGAUGUCAUUAGACUUUCACCCAAGAAAGGUAGAUCUUCUUUGCUCAUGUGAUGGUAAUGAUGAGAUCCGUUUAUGGAAUGUCAACAAGCGUACAUGCAUGCGUGUCUCUAAGGGAGCUACAAGACAGGUCAGAUUCCAGCCAACUAUUGGAAAAUUAAUGGCUACAUCCACAGGAAACAGUAUCAAUGUAAUUGAUGUUGAGGUUGGCAACCUCGUGUGGAACUUGAAGGGACAUUCCAAAGAAGUCCUUUCUAUUUGCUGGGAUACAAGUGGAAAGUAUAUUGCAUCUGUCAGUGAGGACAGUGCGCGAGUGUGGUCACUGGUUGGUGGAAAUUGCUUAGGAAAAUUGCAUUCAAAUGGCAACAAGUUCCAAUCAUGUGCAUUUCAUCCUGGAUAUUCAAUGCUUCUGAUCAUUGGUGGAUACCAGGUCCUUGAAUUUUGGAGUCCAACUGAUGGAGGCAAAACAUGGUCAAUCCCAGCACAUGGUGGAUUAAUUGCGGCUCUUGCAGAUUCAGUGGAGAAUGAAAUGAUUGCAUCAGCAAGUCAUGACCAUUGUGUUAAGCUAUGGAAAUAAGACAUUAGCGUCAUGAAUGCCAGCAUGUCUCUGCGUGCCCAACUAUCCACCUGUGGAGGUUUCUAAAUUAGGUUCAUCUUCUAAAUAGAUAGAUUCACAGUGCCUUCAACGGUUUUAUACAGAGGCAUGCAUGCAUUGCCAGCAGAGUCCAAUUGUCAAGAGCAAGUACCCUGGCUGAACAUAAUACCUCCUCCUCUUCUUCUUCUUCUUCGGCCCAAAUAUUUCGUCAAGUAUUCAAACGUAGGUGUCAUGGAAAAAAUUUCAGUAAAUUUUGCUUUUGGUAUAUUGCAGAUACCACCUGCAUUAUCUUUACCAAGGAAGAAUUUGAGCUUUCAAUCUACUAUACUAUCAGUCUUCUGCUGGUAGUUCAACCGAACCUUACCUGUAAUAAGUUUGAUGAUUGAUAGUCUUACAUUUUUUGAGGGUAUCAAACUGAUCGGAAUUCCCAGUUGUGA